AUGACCAUGAUGGAGAAUGGAAGACCUAUACGUAAAGAAGUUACCAAAACAAAAUAUUUUGACUUUAAUAUUCUUAUUGAUGAUAAUAAAGCAGUUAUUGAGCAAACAAAAAAGGCAUUUCCUAACAGAGUUUAUGUGCCACCAGCAUACAAGACUAAUGAAGAUAUACAAGGAGAAAAUGUUUACCAUGUUGAAACAAAUGUGAGUGAUAUAGUGGUUGAGGACUUUGCCAAAGCUGCUCAGGAAUAUAAAGAAAAGCACGCCCGCCAAAAUAUUAAGUUGGACGGAGAAGAUAGUAGCAAAAUAUGA